AUCGAACCAGUGCGUCCGUACUUCUCACUCCACACUAGCGCCUGUUACAGUCUAUAUUCUUUAUUAUUUAUGCAAUUCUCAUUAAUCUAACGUGUAAAAAAUAAGAAAAUAAAAAGGACAGUUUUAAAACGCUCGUGAUAAGCAUACCGGAAAAUAGCAACUCCAGCGCUACUACUUCCGAGGCUCUCUUUUCUUUCAUGACGUGAUUCAAAAUGCCGCACUGUUCUGUUCCUGGUUGUCAUGAAACCUCAGGGAAGAACGAAACUAGAGAGCGCAACAUCUUUUUUCACCGAUUCCCGAAUCCUGAGAAAUCGCCUGAGAGACUCCAGCUCUGGGUUGACUACUGCUGCAGAGAUAGAUUUAGACCUUCAAAUAACGCCAGAGUAUGCUCAAAACAUUUCGAGGACAGCAAUUUCGACACGUCUCAGCUCUUGAAAAUCAGGUUAAUGCCACAUGCUAACUUUCAAGGACCAAAACUUAGGCCCGGCUCAUUUCCUUCCGUCCCUCCUGAAGUUUGGAGCGCUCCUUCAUCGGACGAACCUUACUGUUAUAGCCAAACGCCCACAGAAGAGGAGAGGAAAGAAUUAGUCAAUCAGUUGUUGGGUGAAUCAAGCAACUCUCCUACAUAUGAUAAUACUCAUUUACAACACCAUGAACCAGAUGACUUGGAUCAGGAGGACACACACUCAAUCAGUUCUCAUGAAUAUCAAGAUGACUCAUAUGCGUUACCUGCAUCUCAUUUUGUUAGGAUUGAACUAAUGACAGAAGAGCCUGAUCCUGUUGAAAGUAAACCAUCAUCAGAAGAAUUUAAUCCCAUUAAUGUUGCACUGGUUUUGGAUGAGGCUGAUGAUAGUUCUGAUGGUGAUAAUACUAAAUCAAUACAGUGUGAGCUGGGGAAGGAGAUCAUUAGGAAAUUACCAAAUUCAAGGUGUUGCACCCCAGAGCCAGAAGUAAGCACAACUACACCCGAGCUUAAGGACAGAAAUCAAAAGAGAAAGGCUAUUUUUCAACUUUUCUCUGAUUCCAACAAGACAUCCACAAAACGCCCGGCCACCACUCCUGCUCGGCGCCCUGGCUUGAGAUCGCAGAGGAAUAAAACUUCUAAAACUGGUCUUUCUAGAUGAUAUCUGACAAUAAGUUUGCGUUUUCUCUGCUCAUCUUUAUAAAUUAGUUGAUUUAAAUAGCAAUUGUUCCUAAUUUUUAUUUCGAACAGACAAUUUGAUGGUUGCGUUUCAAAAUAUUCAUUUUGUAAAAAAAAAAAAAAAAAAAAAACAAGAAACAAUGUUCAGAACAUAUCGGUUCUGUUUGGCUGUGAAAAUGUGAAUCUCAUUAGGUAAAUAAUUUUGUAAAAUAAAAAAUUUAAAAGAGCA